GCGGAAAGAGCGACCGCAGCGAUAUAAAAGCGUCGCCCCAAACCCUAGCGCCACUUCGCUCUCCAUUUCCACACCCACCUUCCUCGUCUUCUCCAUUCGCUUCGCCAGCGCUCGAGCGGCCGAAGGGUUUUUGGUUUUGGUGGCCGAGGCAUCAGGAGAAUCAAGCCUUAUAAUUCAAGAUGGGUAAGGAAAAGGUUCACAUCAGCAUUGUGGUCAUUGGCCAUGUCGACUCUGGUAAAUCAACUACCACUGGCCACUUGAUUUACAAGCUUGGAGGAAUCGACAAGCGUGUGAUUGAGAGAUUCGAGAAGGAAGCUGCUGAGAUGAACAAGAGAUCAUUCAAGUACGCCUGGGUGCUUGACAAGCUCAAGGCCGAGCGUGAGCGUGGAAUCACCAUUGAUAUUGCCUUGUGGAAGUUCGAGACCACCAAGUACUACUGCACCGUCAUUGAUGCUCCGGGACAUCGUGAUUUCAUUAAGAACAUGAUUACUGGAACCUCCCAGGCUGACUGUGCUGUCCUUAUCAUCGAUUCCACAACUGGUGGUUUUGAAGCUGGUAUCUCCAAGGAUGGCCAAACCCGCGAGCAUGCUCUCCUUGCCUUCACCCUCGGUGUCAAGCAAAUGAUCUGCUGCUGUAACAAGAUGGAUGCCACCACCCCCAAGUACUCCAAGGCUAGGUAUGAUGAAAUUGUUAAGGAAGUCUCUUCUUACCUGAAGAAGGUGGGAUAUAACCCUGACAAGAUUCCAUUUGUCCCCAUCUCCGGAUUUGAGGGAGACAACAUGAUUGAGAGGUCUACCAACCUUGACUGGUACAAGGGUCCAACAUUGCUCGACGCCCUCGACCAGAUUAAUGAGCCCAAGAGACCAUCUGACAAGCCCCUCCGUCUCCCACUUCAGGACGUGUACAAGAUUGGUGGUAUCGGAACUGUCCCUGUCGGCCGUGUUGAGACUGGUGUCAUUAAGCCUGGGAUGGUUGUCACUUUUGGUCCCUCUGGGUUGACCACUGAAGUUAAGUCCGUGGAGAUGCACCAUGAGGCUCUCCAGGAGGCUCUUCCAGGUGACAACGUUGGGUUUAACGUGAAGAAUGUUGCUGUCAAGGAUCUCAAGCGUGGCUAUGUUGCAUCCAACUCGAAGGACGAUCCCGCCAAGGAAGCAGCCAACUUUACCUCCCAAGUUAUUAUCAUGAAUCACCCUGGCCAGAUUGGAAAUGGAUAUGCCCCUGUUCUUGACUGUCACACCUCCCAUAUUGCAGUCAAGUUUUCUGAGCUGGUGACCAAGAUCGACAGGCGAUCAGGUAAGGAGAUUGAGAAGGAGCCCAAGUUUUUGAAGAACGGUGAUGCUGGAAUGGUCAAGAUGAUUCCCACCAAGCCCAUGGUUGUUGAGACCUUCUCUGAGUAUCCUCCCCUCGGUCGUUUCGCUGUGAGGGACAUGCGCCAGACCGUCGCCGUUGGUGUCAUCAAGAGUGUCGAGAAGAAGGAUCCUAGUGGUGCCAAGGUCACCAAGUCUGCUGCCAAGAAGGGCAAGUGAAUCGUGCGGUUGAGAUUCGACAUCGUAUCACAUGGGAGUCAUUGCAAUAAGGCGUUGGUCAUCGUCAGCUGUCUGUCUAUCGGUCAUUUAGGGGUUUGGUGCGCUGGUUAUCACCAUCUCAUGUUCCUGUCCUCAUCGAGCACGUGGUUGCAGAACUGGGUGCUCGAUAGGCGGUGGCAGAUUGGGGUCGCCAGCUCGAGUCAAUUUUGAGUCUUGCGUUUGUGCACUGGCAUUUGUACUGUCUUUGCUUUCUUUCCGUACCAGCCGAGAGUCUACUAUUGGUUAUUUUUCAAUGCAGUUCAGGCCUUCGUAUUA